ACAUGAAUUUUGAAAAGUACAAUCAAGGCGUGUCUCUAGCUGUCUCGCCUUCUGGUAAAGGUUGAUUUUACACAGGUGAGUGGAAAAGAAGGCGAAAAAAGCUGAAGGGCUACGCAUCUUCAACAUUCCAAUUGCGAUACGGGAAUAUCUUUAGAAUGACCUGAAUGCCACCGUAAUUCAACAUGGUGAACCUAGGUGUGUGCUGCGCUGAUCUCCAGGACAAAAAGACCCUGAUGAAAAUGGGUCUGGGUAUGGUGCUGGUAGGACAUGUCAAUUUGUUGCUGGGAGCAUUGGUACAUGGCGUCGUGCUCAGGAACCUCCACAUUUACAUCCACAUUCAGUCUCUAGCCAGGGCCAAGUUGUAUACCUUGUCCAACAUUAUCGCCCUGGUGGCAGGGCUUGUGGGAAUCAUAACUGGAAUAUCAGCCAUAGUCCUAUCCAAAAACAAGAAAAAGAGGAUUUGGAUGUGGAUGCUGUUGGUGUUCAGUUUUUUGUCAGGCCUUUUGGCAGCUGCCUCAUCUGUGGGGUUAACCAUUUCCAUGGUUAAGGCUAUACAGAAUGGAGGUCAGGGACUGCGGAAAUAUUGCUCGCAAACUGACUCCACCAACAACUCCACCAACCCUGACAUGGGGUGCCCAUUUGAUCCCACAAGGAUUUAUGAAACAACUGUUAUCAUGUGGGUGCCUCUCAUCCUAAUGUCUUUGGUGGAGGUGGUGUUCUCAGGCCGCUGUUUUGCCGUCUGCACCUCCUUCCUCCGCCUCUGUACAUGCAAGAGACGAAAGAAGGCCGUCAAUGCCAAAAGGGUGCGCAUUCAGUCUCAAACUGAAAUGUCAUCCACUAUUGAGAAUGAAGCGGAGCCAGAACCUGAGGCAGAACCUGCUGAGCAACAUGAGCUGCUAAGGCCUGACUCACCUUCAGAGAACAGUGACUGGGUCUGAACCAGCUGCCUGAGCUAUAGAGACUAAUCGACCACCAGCAUGCAAGCAGCUCAAGACGCAUUUGGUGAACUUUGACAUCCUUUAAAUUUCACUGGAGUGGUGGCUCAUCUAUGUUACAGUGCCAUCAGAUAGCUGAUAACUUUGGCUCAUUUUUGUUUUUGCUGGGGUAAUUUUUAUUUAGAGAAGAAAAAAUGUUAAGGGAUAUUUUGCACUUGAGGACAAAAAUCAGCUGCUGUUGCUCACCAAUGGUGUGCUAUGUUGACAAAAUCCCUGCUACAGAUUCCCGUCUUGGUAGCAAGAAAGGGUUUAUUACUGGUAACUUGUUGAAUUUCACCAGUAAACUGCAAGAACUUU